AUGGGGGAUUUCAGGCUUAACUACCACCUUGGCCCUGGACCAUACAAUAUUGAAACAAGAUAUAGUGCCUGUGGAGUAUUGGACGACCAUCAAGUCCGCCACGUUAUCUGGUUCGAGGAUGCUCUGGUCCACUAUGGCGUUCCUACCGUUGUCUUUGACCUGUACAUCCUCGUCGAGGACAUCGAUCUAGCCGUCAGUAUUCUUGCCCAGGCGGGAUGGGCUUUCGAUAUGGAAAAGCCUCACCUCAUUGGAAAUGCGGAAGUGAACUUGGCAGACUUCCCUCUCCAGCGAUUAAUAUCCCCCGAUGGCCAGACGAGAACCAUCCUCCUCCCCGCUGCAGACUGGAAAUUUCCUCUCACCCCUGACACGCGACUAGAAUACCAUGCGCCGUUCCCAAAUCUACCGUCCCUCAGGGUGCCAUUCCCACCACUGGCAGGCUUGCUGGAUGCACUCAUCGAGAGCUGGCUGGAGUGUCCGAACAACGAAUCCGUCCUAUCGAUUACCUUAGCUUGCCACAUCUCCUAUAUCUACGCGCAUGUUCCGGCCGUGAAGCAGAAGUCGUUCGCGGAACAAAUGAGAUACGAACAUCGCCAGUUCCACUUCGACGUGUUGGCAGGAAUGGAGACAGGCACAUUGCCAUUUCGACGGCACCAGCGGGUCAUCCGUGAUGCGUUACUACAGGGCCAGUAUGAGCUGCGGGAAUGCUCUGCUACGCGUGAUAGAAAAGAGUUGUUUUACUUCUUGGGGGGGACCAAGUCGCAGCCGGUUGAAAUCGAGCUGCAGGCUGAGGAUGCUCUGGAGUCAACAGAGACCAACGGCUAG